AUGUUUAGAGGUAUAGUUACAAGGUCUAUUAUACGUAGAACGACAGGCCGUUUAUUACCAGUACGCUCAAGAAUUGUAUUACCUUCUUUACAGUCAUAUCAGAGAGUACAAUUCUACUCAUCGAAGUCACCUGAAGAGGCUGAUCCUCAGUCAAUAGAUCCUCAAAGGUUGAUUGCAUUUACUUGUAAGGUAUGUAAUACAAGAUCUGCUCAUUCAUUUUCAGAUCAAGCUUAUAGAAAAGGUACGGUAGCUAUACAAUGUCCUGGAUGUAAAAAUCGUCAUUUAAUAGCUGAUAAUUUAAAUAUAUUUAGAGACCAUAAGUAUAAUAUUGAAGAAGCACUUAAAGCUAAAGGUGAAUCAAUAACUACUGCAACAGAGAUUACUGGAGAACUUCAAAAAGCUUUAGACAAGCAUGAGAGGUCUAACUCUGAUAGUAAAGAAGCAGAAGCAGAAGCAAAUGUUGAAGGUCUCCCGGAUGUUAAAAAAAUAAAAUAA